UCUUCAUCUUCAUCUUCUUCUUCAUCUUCACCAUCAUCACCUUCACCAUCAUCACCUUCACCAUCAUCACCUUCACCAUCAUCACCUUCACCAUCAUCACCUUCACCUUCGUCGUCACCUUCACCUUCGUCGUCACCUUCACCUUCGUCGUCACCUUCACCUUCGUCGUCAUCCUCUUCAUCGUCAUCUUCUUCAUCGUCAUCUUCUUCAUCGUCAUCUUCUUCAUCGUCAUCUUCUUCAUCGUCAUCUUCUUCAUCGUCAUCUUCUUCAUCUUCUUCAUCUACUUCAUCGUCAUCAUCUACUUCAUCGUCAUCAUCUUCUUCAUCGUCAUCAUCUUCUUCAUCUACUUCAUCUUCUUCAUCUACUUCAUCGUCAUCAUCUACUUCAUCGUCAUCAUCUUCUUCAUCGUCAUCAUCUUCUUCAUCUUCUUCAUCUUCUUCAUCUUCUUCAUCUUCUUCAUCAUCUUCAUCAUCUUCAUCAUCUUCAUCAUCUUCUUCAUCUUCAUCAUCUUCUUCAUCUUCAUCAUCAUCUUCAUCUUCAUCAUCAUCAUCUUCUUCAUCAUCAUCAUCUUCAUCAUCUUCAUCAUCUUCUUCAUCUUCUUCAUCUUCUUCAUCAUCAUCUUCAUCAUCUUCAUCAUCUUCUUCAUCAUCUUCAUCAUCAUCAUCUUCUUCAUCAUCAUCAUCUUCUUCAUCAUCAUCAUCUUCAUCAUUAUCAUCUUCAUCAUCUUCAUCAUCUUCUUCAUCAUCUUCAUCAUCUUCAUCAUCAUCAUCUUCUUCAUCAUCAUCAUCUUCUUCAUCAUCAUCAUCUUCAUCAUUAUCAUCAUCUUCAUCUUCAUCUUCAUCAUUAUCAUCUUCUUCAUCUUCAUCAUCUUCUUCAUCAUCAUCUUCUUCAUCUUCAUCAUCUUCUUCAUCUUCAUCUUCAUCUUCAUCUUCACCUUCUUCUUUACCAUCCCCCUCUGUUUCAUCAUCAUCAUCCUCUUGUCCAUCUUCGUCCGCCCCUGUGGUGUAG